AUGACUAGUGACAACAGCUCUGAAAAUGCACCAUUAUCCUCGUCUGCCCACCACACAAGAACCGCCGCUAUGCCAGACCACAAAGCUUGGAACAUGGAUGAGGCCACACGGAACAGACUCCUCAAAAAGUACAAAACCCAGGUGGCUUCGGGGGCGUCGACCAUUUGCGCGACGCUGGCGGUGACUCCUUUAGAGAACGUCAAGACUCGCAUGCAGACACACAAUUUUAAGAACAUAUGGCAGUGUGUUCGCUAUCUCUGGCGUACUGAAGGGCCUCGGGGAUAUGUAGCUGGUGCGCUUCCACCCUUGGCGAGCGUUACAGUAGUCCGUGUCGUCAAUUUUACCGUGUACAAUGCCUUCAAGGACAUAAUCUCUGAUAGUGUCGAGCGGGUGACUGGUUCCAAUCCUUUGGACCACUAUAAACAGCCUGGAAGCACCCCCACCUUGACGGGUGUGCUUACUUUCACCACUGCAGGCCUCGUCGCUGGCUUAGUGGCAUCGCCUAUUGCUUGCCCCUUCGAGCUGGCGAAGAAUGUCGUCCAAACCUCUGUUCUAGUGUCGAACCCCCGAGACCAGACUCUGCGUCAUAAACCCCGAUUGGGGACAAUUCAAGCCAUCAAGCAGAUAUACAUACGACAUGGAUUUUGGGGCCUUUACACCGGUUUCCGCCUGCAUGCAUUGCGCGACACUGUCGGCUCAGGACUGUACUUCAGUGUUUACGAGACUGUGAAGCAAGUAGCAGCCAAGGAGUUGGGUCAGGACAAGAAUCCCUUCGGGGCACCUAUGCUUGCCGGUGCUGUUUGCAGCACUGUACCCUGGUUUUGCACUUAUCCCCUCGAUACGCGCAAGACCCGCGCACAAAGUGUUCUUUUAGGGAAAUCCAGCGAGAUUGGCGAGGCCUCCCAGGCUGUCGCCAAAUCCAGCAUGUACAAGGGCCUUUCCAUCAUUCUUAUCCGGACCGGCGUCAACAACAUGAUCCUGCUCAGCAUUUUCGAAUACAUUAGAAUGCGUAUCGAUGGGUUGCCGAAAUGA